GGAGUGUUUUACCCCCACCGACAGCUCUCCCUCCCCUUCCUUUUUUUUCCCCUUCAAAGUUUUCUUCGGAGCGGGGAGAGGGGUGGGAGAGGAAGAGCGUCCAGCCAGCCUCCGUUCUUACCCUCUCCCUGUCUAACUUACCCCCGCCUCCCCUCCAUCCCCUGCGCACCGCUGCCCCUCCGGAGCAGCGCUCCGAACUGACAAUUGGAGCGCGGCUCCUUUAAGAGCCCGGCUUUGCCUCCCGGUAGCUGAAGGUCAUUAAACACAAAAGCUCUCAGCGCUGCGGUCCAAUAUAGCGCAUGCGCCCUGCCCGAGGACUGGCAGAGAGACGGCAAUAUGGCGAGAAUGCCUGGCAGCGGGGACUGUAACACCAGCGCGGGCGGCAGCGCCAGCGCCGCCGCCGCCGCCGAGAACAAUGGGGAGCGGGGCGAGGGCGAGCGCGGUGCGGGGGGCCGCGGCCGCCGCCACGGCCGCCCGCACUACUGCAGCGCGGGCGAGGAGGAGGAGGAAGAGGAGGAGGAGGACGAGAUCCAGGAGGUGCAGAUAACGGGGGACGAGGAGGAGGAGGACGGAGGUGGGGGGCUGGAGGAGGACGAGGAGGAGGAAGAGGAGGAGGAAGAGAUGGGGCUGGACUGGGACGAGCCCCUAGAGCCCGAGGACUCGGCCGGGGAGGAGCUAGAGCCGGAGCCGGUCCAUAUGAUCAAUAUGGACCAGAGCGCCGCGCUGGAGCCCGAGGCACCGCCGCGACUGCUGGCGCCCCGGGCCCGCGGCGGGCCGCCCGGGGACGGCGCCGAGCUGGACCCCGACGUGCUGCAGCGCCCCGAGCGGGCCCGGCUGAGCGAGAACACCCGGCUGGCCACCCGCUACGCCGUGCGCAUCUUCCGGGAGUACCUGAGCGAGAAGGCGCAGAGCCCGGACUUCGAGACUAUGGACAAGGGGGCGCUGUGCCGCGUGCUGCGCUCCUUCUACGCCGAGGCCCGCUCCAAGAGCGGCCAGCUCUACAGCAAGUCGUCGCUCAUCAGCAUCCGCAGCUCCCUCAACCGCUACCUCAACGAGCCCCCGUACUGCCGCACGCUCGACCUCACCAAGGACCCCGAGCUGCGCAGCGCCAACCUGACGCUGGCCGCGGUCAUCCGCAAGCUCGAGGAGCAGGGCGCCGGGCCCGUGGUGCAGAAGCAAGCCAUCACGCGCGCCGACCUGCGCAAGCUCUACACCUCCAGCGUCUUCAGCACCAACACACCCUUCGGGCUGCUCAACAAGGUCUGGUUCGAGACGUGCAUGUACUUCUGCACGCGCGGCCGCGAGAACCAGCGCGAGCUGGAGGAGGACUCUUUUGGGCUGGCCAUGGACGAGGACGGCCGAAAGUUCGUCUACUUUAAAUCCCUCGGGCCCUACCACAAGUCGCGCUCGUCGUCGUGGAGCAAGAAGCGCGCCGAGAGCAGCGACGAGGAGAAUUUGCCCCGCAUGUACGAGACCGGCACCGAGUUCUGCCCCUACGCCAGCUUCGUCAAGUACUUGUCGAAGCGCAACCCCCUCUGCAAGGCGUUCUUCCAGCGGCCCCGGGACCACUGCAGCGAGGGCGAUGUGACCUGGUACGAGAACAAAGCCAUCGGCAAGAACUUGCUGGGUACCAGGAUGCAGAUGCUCUCUAAGGCGGCCAAGCUCUCCAAGACCUACACCAACCAUUGCAUCGGCGCCGUCUCCAUCGCCACGCUCAACAGCAUCGCGGGCAUCGGCACCAAACUGGGCUCGCCCGCCCCGCAGGGCUGCUACACUGAGGCUCUGAAUGGGGCGGCUCGCCACCACUCCCACCACCCCCCCACCCAUCCCUCCCACCACCACCGCCCCCAGCCGCCCUCGCUGGGGAACACCUACAUCCUCCCCAAAGACAGCCAGGUCGGGCCCGACGUGAAAUCCGAGGCUGCGCCCAAGCGCGCCCUGUACGAGUCGGUGUUCGGGUCGGGGGAAAUCUGCGGCCCCUCUUCCCCCAAAAGACUUUGUAUCCGCCCCUCGGAGCCUGUGGAUGCGGUGGUGGUGGUUUCCGUGAAACACGACCCCCUGCCUCUUCUUCCAGAAGCCAAUGGGCACAGAAGCACCAAUUCUCCCACAAUAGUUUCACCUGCUAUUGUUUCCCCCACCCAGGACAGUCGGCCCAAUAUGUCAAGACCUCUGAUCACUAGAUCUCCUGCAUCUCCACUGAACAACCAAGGCAUUCCUACUCCAGCCCAGCUCACAAAAUCCAAUGCGCCCGUCCACAUUGACGUGGGCGGCCACAUGUACACCAGCAGCCUGGCCACCCUCACCAAAUACCCUGAAUCAAGAAUCGGAAGACUUUUUGAUGGUACAGAGCCCAUUGUUUUGGACAGUCUCAAACAGCACUAUUUCAUUGACAGAGAUGGACAGAUGUUCAGAUAUAUCUUGAAUUUUCUACGAACAUCAAAACUCCUCAUUCCUGAUGAUUUCAAGGACUACACUUUGUUAUAUGAAGAGGCAAAAUAUUUUCAGCUUCAGCCCAUGUUGUUGGAAAUGGAAAGAUGGAAGCAGGACAGAGAAACUGGUCGCUUUUCAAGGCCCUGUGAGUGCCUAGUGGUGCGCGUUGCCCCAGACCUUGGAGAAAGGAUCACGCUCAGCGGUGACAAAUCCUUGAUAGAAGAAGUGUUUCCCGAGAUCGGCGACGUGAUGUGUAACUCUGUCAACGCAGGCUGGAAUCACGACUCGACGCAUGUCAUCAGGUUUCCACUGAAUGGCUACUGUCACCUCAACUCAGUCCAGGUCCUCGAGAGGUUGCAGCAAAGAGGAUUUGAAAUCGUGGGCUCCUGUGGGGGAGGAGUGGACUCGUCUCAGUUCAGUGAAUACGUCCUGCGGCGGGAGCUGAGGCGGACGCCCCGUGUACCCUCUGUCAUCCGGAUAAAGCAAGAGCCUCUGGACUAAACGGACAUACUCCUUAUGCAAAAAGGAAAAAAAAUACACAACCAAUAACGCAAACAAAAAAGGGACAUUUAUGUGCAGUUGGGACAGCAAACCAAGUCCUGGACCUAAAAUUGAAUAAAAGACACAUUUAUAUCCAGUAGAGACCACACCUGUAUUCAUAUGGGAACAAUUGGAAUAGUGAUAUCCUCAAGGUGUAAAAAAUAUAUAAAUAUAUAUAUAUGUCAAAAGGUAGGAAAUGCAAAAAAAGUGAAAAAAAAGAAAACAGAAAAAAAAAGGUGGUAGCUACAGUUGGUGCUGUGAUGGCCGUGAAGUGUCCUGGGCCCCCAAGGCCUCUGACCAAUAAACAAGCCAUGAGCAGUGAGGACGCAUCUCCUUACAGUUUCCAUUGCCAAUAGCCAUCCAUUGUUUCUUUUUCCUUUGUCUUUCUUUUUCCUUUUUUUUUUUUUUAAAAAAAAAAACAAAACAAAAACAAAAAAACACCUUGAAUUGAGUUUCUUUGCAUAUGGAGGUUUCAUGUCUCUUUAGGCAGGGACUGGGCAGGACUUCAGAAAAACGCUGAUGAGCACAUUGCAUUCGAAAGAUGUUAGACAUGAAAUUUUAAAUGUAGUUUGUACAGAAGCCACACUUUUUGGUCCACCUCACAGAUGUGAACGUUACUUUGUUUUUAAACUGAUCAGUUUUGCAAAGGGGCCAGAAUUAUUACUUGUUAGAGUUGCUCCAGUUUGAGUCUGCUGCUUUCCUACAAUUUUUCAAAUUUUAUAAUGUAUUAAAUACAAUAAACUCUGUUUAAAAAAUAAGGUCUGUGUGAAACACACAUGUUGGGGUAAGGCUGUACUGAAAUGAAAUUUUUCUUUUUUUAAAUUUUCUGUGUUGAGCCUCAUAAAGAAGCCUAAAAGCUGAGGCCAGUUUUGAGGUCAGAACUCACUAAAGGGGGCUGGCCCCAUGCCAUAGUGGUUAAAUUCAGUGUGCUCCACGUUGGCGGCCCGGGUUCACAGGUUCGGAUCCUGAGCGUGGACCUACACCACUCAUCAGACAUGCUGUGGCGGAGACCCACAUAUAAAGUGGAGGAAGAUUGGGACAGAUGUUAGUUCAGGGCUAAUCUUCCUCAACCAAAAAAGAGGAAGAUUAGCAACAGAUGUUAGCUCAGGGCAACUCUUCCUCACACACACAAAAAGAAUGGCAUUAAUAAAAAAAACUCACUAAAGGAUAAAGAAGUCGUCACCUGUUCUAAACAUUUCUGUUCCCACUCUGCAAGUGUUGUCUCAUGCUUUGUUAUUCUGCAUUGGCUAGCAAGAAUUCUUGUGAACUUUUUGUUUACAAAUUUCAGUUAUCUAUUGCUCCAGAGCAAAUCACACCAAAUCGUAGCAGCUUAAAACAUUUUAUUCUCUCUCAUGAUUCAGUGAUUCUCUGGUAUGGACUGGCCUUUGCUGGGCUGCUUCUGCACGAGAUGUCGUCGGGAGCCUGACAGGGCUGGGACGUCCAAGAUAGCUCCUCCACAGGGCUGCCAAUUGACAGUGGCUGUCGGCCUCUCCGUGUGGCUUGGGCCCCUCCCAGCGUGGGAGCUGGGUUCCAAGAGGGAGGAAGCGGAAGUCCUCUGAAAGGCUAGGCCUGGAACCACUCAGUGCACUUCUGCAGCAAUCUGUUGGUUCAACAGAUUCAGAGCCAGCCCAGCUUCAAGGGGAGGGGAAAGAAAAUCCGCCUCUUGUUGGGGAAAGUGACAAAGAAUUUAUAGCCAACUUGAAUCUACCAUAACACCUGUCCAAAAAAAUCCAAAAAGUAGGGCAUUGAAGCUUUGGAAGAAGUAGGGAAAAUCUCUGGGCCAGAAUGAUCACCUUAUUAUCUAGAGAGGUAAGAAACCUGAGAUUUCAAUACCACUUUGGAAUUAAGCCCUCAGCUUUUCCGAGGGAUUAGUGAUUCCGGAGGCUCCUCUAUCAGCCCUGCCAUCACCUUUCUUCCCUACUUCCUCUUCCUCGUUCCAGACACUCAAAAUAAACCUGGCAUGCUGAUAAGAUUGACAGGUAAACUAUAAUAUGUUUCUGCUGCAGAAGGCGUUCCUGUGGUGAUGGGCUAUUUCCAUCCUGAACUUUCUUUCUUUUUUUAAAUUAAAAAAUCUAUGCCUGAGGACACUAGUAAUGAAAAUAUCUCUGGCUUUUGAAACUAAAAGUAAGCUGUUAAUGGCUCCUAUCACCCCCUGAAACAAAGAGGCGCCCAAACACUGAGUUACUCUGAUGACUGCCAGCCAGACUUCCACAUGGUUUAAUGUUCCCUUAUUUGAGACUAAUACAUCACUGUCCCAGAUGGAGACAGCCAGGGCUGCUCCCACCAGCUGCUUGUCCUCCACGUCUUCCUGAAAGGAGAAUGAAAUUGCUAUAUCAUUUUACUAACAAUCCACCCUCAUUAGGCAAAAUUUUCUAGAAACAGUAAAGCAAGGGCCCCACUUUGGGACCUUCUGCAGGUUGUGGUCAUCAGUUCGCAUUUACCCUGCACUCUCCACGUGCACUUAGCAUUGUCCCAACCAAACACUGCACAGAAUUACAGGCAUUAGCUAUCGGCAUCCUCUUUGUUCUUUUCUCAAUUCUCAUGCCCAUUUAUACAAAUACAGCCCAACUGCACAUUCUUGCUACAAAAACUCCGAUCCAGUUCAACAGAGCAAACAUGUCACAUGUAAUUCUCACAUUUUUAGGUCUUACAACAUAUAAAUUCUUGGAUACCAAAUUCUUCAGGAAAGAGCUGGUCAAUCAAAAUAUGACUGGGUCACAACCUUAUUUUUUCCCUACUUUUUAUUAUCCAGUAUACAGCUCAUAUUCAAACCUCACCAGUCAUCCCAAUUAGGAUUUUUAUGGCUGUGCCUAUCUUCCCCCUAGAGGAUCUGAUCAAGGCCCAUGUGCUGCGUUGAUGAAUGUCUCUUUAGACUCUAAUUGAGAAAGGUUUCUCCAUCGUUUUGUUUGUUUCUUUCUUUCUUUGGUCUUCCCUCACAUUGGUUUAUUUGAAGAGUCUAGGUCAAUUGUUUUGUAGUUUGUUGCACAAGAUGGAUUUGUCUCAUUGGUCCCUCGUUGGUAGGACUAGGUUAAUUUUUUUUGCAAGAAUACUACACAGAUGAU